GAAUUAUAAAAAAUAAAAUCUUGAAAUAGACAGUGGUACACUAUCUAGCAUUCACAGCAGAUCCACACCUGCACCGAUAGCUAAUGUUCAGUAUGAAUUACUGUACAACGCUGUUUCAUCUCACAGUGAUGAAACUUGAAAUUAACAACUAUCUGCUUUGUGUCAUGUAAGUCAUACCCUCAUUUAAAACAUGCUUUAAAUGCACUUUUAUAAUCAAUGCUUGUGAUGCUAUAAACAGUAUUGCUUUGAAUUUGUGUGUUUAAUAGACCCGUUUUAACAGUUCCAUAAGUAGUAGCAUUUCAAAAUACCUGGUGAGAUAGUGAACAAUGGCAGCAACUACAGCUCUCAAUCACAGCAGCGUCUUUAAAUGCAUAAAUAAUUAAAGUAAAUAUUUAAACUUGGUUGGUGUAGCCUAUAUGUUUAUAAUACAUCUACCUCUGUCUGUGUGUGUGUGUGCCUGAAAUUUAGCCUUUUUAGUAACAUAGGGUACCAAGAUGGAUUAGAGGAGUAUGUGUGUUAACAAAGCUAAUCUGGUAGACUGACAACUCUGUGUCACAUUAUGUUGCAUUACGACGCAGCUAAAUUUUCACCCGCGCUACCCUGCAUAAUCAAAAUGAGUUAGAAGAGAGAGCACAGAGCGUGCUUUGGGACCUUGGGGAGGUUUUCCAGCUGUGAUGAUCUCUUCCCUUUAAUUCACGUUUGUUGGGUUCGUGGGGCAGAUGUGCUGUUACUAGUUACUCGUACAGUUACUGAGAUUGUACAGAAACUUUUUCACUGCUGCUGUCUCACUGCAGGCUGGAGAUACGUCUGAGCGCGCUCUCUCUCUCUCUCUCUCUGUCUCUCUCUCUCACACACACACACACUCUGCAACACGUCUGCAAAAGGAGGCGGAACCGAGACAGUGAAGUUUGUUCGGGAUUUUUCUUUCGUUUGGCGAAAUUAGUGACAGGUCCGGUACCGUCUUGGAAAAAAUUGUCUGAGUGAGUGAGUUUAUGUAUGUGUGUGUGUGUGUGUGUGUGUGAGAGAGAGAGAGAGAGAGAGAGAGAGAGAGAGAGAGAGAGAGAGAGAAAAAUGGAUGUAAAAGUGGCGCUGUUUGUGCUGUGUGCGUACUGCGCAUGCGCGAUCUGUAACACGGGUCCCAAUGAGGAGCUGAUAAUUGAUCGAUAUUCAUUACCGACCCGCUGUGGCAGAGAGGUUCAGGUCGGUGAUUAUGUACGGUACCAUUACACCGGAUCGUUUCCGGACGGGAGGAUCAUCGAGUCCAGUGAGCAUAAGGGCAUGGCAUUUGUUGGACUGGUGGGUGUGGACAGUAAGGUGAUUCCAGGCUUGGACAGAGGAGUGAUGGGGAUGUGUGUGAAUGAGAGGAGGAAGAUCACCAUUCCCCCUCACCUUGGAUAUGGAAUCUCUGGAGCUGCUCUCUGUCUCAAUGUCUCAGGUACAGUGAUUCCUUCAGAUGCAACUCUGGUGUUUGAUGUCGUGUUGUUGGACGUGUGGAAUAAGGAUGAUGGUGUGGACACUCGACUGCUCUUUAAGCCAAUGUCCUGUCGCCGCUCAGUGCAGCAUGGUGAUUUUGUGCGAUAUCUGUAUAAUGGCUCAUUGAUUAAUGGCACAAACUUCGAGUCCAGUUAUGGACAAUAUGUCACAUAUGACACAUACGUGGAUGAAGAUCACCUGAUCAGCGGCAUGGUGCAGGGGCUAAUGGGAAUGUGUGUGGGAGAGAAACGCACCAUCAUCAUCCCACCAUUUCUAGCCUAUGGGGAGAAAGGAUAUGGCGUGAAGGUGCCGGCUCAUGCAACGGUGGUGUUUGAUGUGCUGCUCAUUGAUGUGUUUAAUGUGAAGGAUGAUGUUCAGGUGGAGGUUCUCCAUGUUCCUCAGCCCUGCAGAAGAAAAUCAAAGAAAGGAGACUUUAUACGUUAUCACUACAAUGGAACAUUCCAGGACGGAACACUGUUCGACUCCAGCUACCAGCGCAAAAGUACAUACAAUACCUUUGUGGGUUUGGGUCAUGUGAUCGCUGGAGUGGAUAAAGCCUUGCAAGGAGUGUGUGUGGGAGAGAAGAGACACAUCAUCGUUCCUCCACACCUCGCCUAUGGAGAGAAUGGGACAGGUGACCUUAUUCCAGGUUCAGCUGUGUUGAUCUUUGACCUCCACAUCAUUGACUUCCACAAUCCAAAAGACUCAGUGGAAGUUCAAAUUACCCACAAACCCCUGCAGUGUAACAGCACCAGCACCAAUGAUGACCUUGUCAUCUACCACUACAAUUGCUCUCUGCUAGACGGAACACGACUUUACUCCUCUAAUGACUUGGGCAGACCUGCACAGGCAAUGCUGGGUCAAGCAGAGGUCAUCGAGGGGCUGGAUCAAGGCUUGAAAGGCAUGUGUGUUGGUGAGAAGAGGGAGGUGAUUGUGCCCCCCCACUUUGGACAUGGACAAAAUGAAGGUUUAGUGGUUCCAGCAGAUGCUGUGUUAAUUUUUGAACUGGAGUUGUUGGAUUUGCGAAAAGGCGUUCCUCAGGGCUUCCUAUUUGUCUGGUUGGAGGAGAUUCCUGAUCCUCUGUUCAGCUUCAUGGACCUUAACCAGGAUGGAGAAGUUCCACUGGAGGAGUUCACAGCAUUCAUCAGGCUGCAGGUGUCAAUGAGCAAAGGUCGUCUCCACCCUGCAAUGGAUGCUGAUGUAAUCAUCAGAGAGAUGUUCACCAGCCAGGAUCAGAACGCUGAUGGGAGCAUCACAGUGGAUGAGCUGAGACUUCAGACAGACAAGACAACAGGACACGAUGAGCUAUGAGAAAGAAACAUGCGGGAUAUCAUCAGUAAAGUGAUGCCAUCAGUAAAGGCACAUUGCAUUGUGGGAACAAUCUGCCAUUUUUGUUGUAAAUAGAUCUCUUUGAGCUGUGUUCUACUUGAGUCCAAAAGUUACAUCAAUAUUUGAGUAAUUAUUAAAGUUCCUCAUUGUCAUAUCUCAA